UGCAGCAGUAAUGGAACGAUGACUGACUUGGUAUGCAGCAACCCAACGCCACACACACCAUCUCUCCCACCCUGAAAGACUGAUUCAACAGAUGGAGCCUGGAGUCAUGGACUGGGCCCCCUCCAUUAUCGGCGUCUCUCCUGAAGGAAUGGAAAACUCGUCGGUGGCAUCGGCCUCCUCAGAGGCGGGGAGCAGCCGCUCUCAGGAGAUCGAGGAGCUGGAGCGUUUCAUUGACAGCUAUGUCCUGGAGUACCAGGUCCAGGGGCUGCUGAUGGAUAAAAUGGAGGGGGAUGGCGAGAGUGAGAAGACACAGUCCCAUGUGUCGCAGUGGACUGCGGAUUGUAGCGAGCAGCUUGAUGGCAGCUGUUCCCCAUCCCGAGGGAAGGGCUCAUUGUCUCAUGAACACAAUCAGAAUGGCAACAAAGAGAGCUCCCUUGAUAUGCUGGGCACAGACAUCUGGGCUGCCAACACCUUUGACUCCUUCAGUGGUGCGACGUGGGACUUGCAGCCUGAAAAACUAGAUUUCACCCAAUUUCACAGGAAGCUGCGAAACACCUCCAAACACCCAUUGCCUCAGAUAGACAGAGAAGGGCUUGGAAAAGGGAAAUAUGAGGAUGGUGACAGCAUCAACUUGAACGACAUAGAGAAAGUCCUUCCAGUGUGGCAGGGUUACCAUCCAUUGCCUCAUGAAGCUGAAAUCGCACACACCAAAAAACUGUUCAGAAGGAGGAGAAAUGACCGGAGGCGACAACAGAGGCUUCCCAGUGGGAACAAGUCUCAGCAGCACACAGAUCAUCAGCAAGUUGGCACCAAACACAACAGGGACCACCAGAAACUCUACCAAGGAGGCCAGGCCCCUCAUUCCUCAGGCAGGACAGGCCACCACGGCUACAGCCAGAACCGGAGAUGGUACCACAACCAGAAGCACUCGUCCAAUGACAAAGAAACACACAGAAAUGCCAAAGAGACUGAGAAUUUGAAAAUAGAGGACACCUCCAUCUCCACAGUGCAUAUUCCUGUGGAGAUGCACCAGGGCCCAGAGGCUGCGGCAAAGCAGUCUCAGAAGUACAUCCAGGAGUUGGAGACCAAGCGGAAAAACAGUAUUCAUGAGCGCAUUGGGGAAAGACCCAAGAUCAAUUUGCUUCAGUCUUCCAAAGACAGGCUGCAGAGGAGGCUAAAAGAAAAGAUGCCUUGUCUUUCCCUUUUCACGGACCAGGACGAAGUCACGGAGGAAACCACCAAUCCCAAAAAGAACAAAAUGGACAAAUUAAUUGAAAUCCUCAACAGCAUGAGGAACAACAGCAGCGACGUUGACUCCAAGCUCACCAACUUCAUGGAGGAGGCCCAGAACUGUACCAACUCUGAGGAGAUGCUGGGGGAGAUAGUCAAGACCAUCUACCAGAAAGCAGUGACGGACCGCAGCUUUGCUUCCACAGCAGCCAAGCUCUGUGACAAAAUGGCCCUCUUCAUGGUGGAAGGAACUAAAUUCCGGAGUCUGCUUCUCAACAUGUUGCAGAAGGAUUUCACCAUGCGGGAGGAGUUGCAGCAGCGGGACGUGGAACGCUGGCUGGGGUUCAUCACCUUUCUCUGUGAAGUCUUUGGCGCCAUGAGGAGCAGCACCGGAGAGCCCUUUCGAGUCCUUGUCUGCCCCAUUUAUACCUGCCUCAGGGAGUCGCGGUCCAUGCUCCCCAGGGGGAAUACCAGCAGGCAUCUCCUCGUGACCUACACGUUAGAUGAAAAGCAUACCUGUGGGCAGGGACUGCAGAGCAGUUACGAGGCUGGAGCUUCAUGCCCGAGGCUGUCUGGAUGUCCAUGCGUGUUGCCAACUGGAUGGAUGAACCUGAGAUGCCCAUCAGGGAGCUGGGGCAAGUGGCACAUGGGCUGCGGUCAGUCCAGUUUUCGCUGGGUCUCAAAGACAUCCCAACCUCACCAUGGCUCUGGGUGGAUAUUUUCAAGCCUUCUGUGCUUUCUCAUGGAGUCAUCACCAAAGCAUCAGAAAACACUGCAUGCUAAGAGGUAGUUUGUGGCAAGCGUUGCUUAUAUGUCAUUUUGCAAGCAAUAUCAUACGCAAUAAUUACUACUGUGCCUUGCAGGAGAAAUAUCGUUGCAGCUGGAAAGGGUAAUGUAUGCAUUGGACUGCUCCCACUCCAUCUCCCAGGGAGAAUUGCUGAAGAACACAAUUAAACCUGCAUGGUUUGGUGAUAAGGGACAGUGGGGAAGGUUCUCUGGUCCUGCUCAUGGCGUGGGCACCCCUGAGAAUACCAAGUAAACACUUUAGCUUCUCAGAAGCCCAGAUGAUCUCAGAAAGCAGAUAAUAAACCCAAAUAAUUGUGGGUAUGUGAAUUCCAUCAGCUUAGCUCUCUGGUUUGCUCCUGGUGGUCUGUACCGCAUGCAUGUGCAUCCAUUACUGUUCAGGAGGACCAACCUGGUUCUCUCUGUGAUGAAACACAGCUGCAGUUUUGGGGUUUCUUUGCCCCUUCAACUGCCAUUGCAUGCCCACCCCAUAGGGCUUAUGAUGCUUACCUCUGCAGAGCUGUAGAGAGCAGGUUUUUGGGGCCACAGAAACCAGGGGAGACUGGUCCCAGUAGCACACCAUAGAAACCAGUUACACUCAAGAGCCACCCUGCAAGGCACUGCAGUUCCCCCACCACAUGCAGCACUUCCAAGAGCAGACCCUACAAUUUAUUUUGGAUUGCUUAUGAAAAUAUUUAGCACCCAGAGCCCACCCAUGCAUGCAGAGGACCUUGCCCAGUGCUCCAUCUCUCAGCAGGACACAGAGAUUUGGAAGAGGAGGAGCCCGAUAUCUUCCACCAGUCUGCAAAGCUGCUAGUCCAGCACCAGAAACAAAAGUGAGAAGCCUUUCACAACCGAGGUUGGGUAUUAUAUGACUGGCUGGACAGAUCAUGGCAUGCAGCCUCCUCUCUUAGGAAAUCAAGCAGACUCUUUGUCUGCUUUCCAGCAGGAACCCAGCUUCACCCGAUACAGGGGAAACCAGCUGGAGAGCAAAGGGAAGUUUUUCUCGCAGACAGCCCCAGCCUCCGGGGGAUGAUUACAGGUUAAACUGAGGAGCAUGUGAGUCUCAGCUCACCUGCCCUGUUGUCUGCCUCGCACUCCUUUUUUGACUUCUUAGUCCACAUUCAUCAGCCGGUUUGAACUGUGUGGGAACCUGGUGGGGAGAGAUGGAAUGGUGCCCAUGGUGGGAUUUGGGCAGAUGCAUGCAGCAGGGAGGAGUGGUUAUAAAUAGUUAAAUGAAUAAUAAUUCUAAUGUGGGAGUGCUAAUUUAAUGAGUAUAGCAUGUGUAUGUUAAAAUAUUUUAAGUAAAUAUGAAUUAGAUUGCAAACAAUGAAUGUAAUUGGUUGGGUUCAGGUUUAUGGUCAUGCAAGUGCCGGUACUUCAGGGUUGUGAUUUCCCUGGAAGUCUCAAAGUACUUGCACCACUUUUUCUUGCAGUGCCAUCAGGGCUGACAUGGGGGGGGGUCAAAGAGCUUUGGAAAACACUGUGCUCUUGCUGAAGCAACCACCCUGCUGCUUUGGGGUGCCUGGUGCUUACAUGGGACAUCCAUGGGUGGGUGAAUGGGGAUGAAGCACCCUUUGAGAAAUGCAUGCAAGACAUCAUUGCUGGGUGAGGACAUUGAUGGCAGGACCCAUGGCAGCAUGGUCCUUGCAGUGUGACCCUUGCUGUCUGCCUUCAGCAGCAGUUCAGUGCCCAUGCCAGGCUAGGGAGAGUGAAGAGGGCUCCUCGCUCUCCUCCUGUCCCAGCAUGCAGGGGUCAGCAGCAGAUAGCUGGUGCCUACAUCCCAGGGAAGCUCCAGAGCCCCCCUCCAAUAUGCUAGAAACAUAGUUAUGAUCAGGAACAUGCAGAGAAACAGUGACAUCUUUCUGAUCCUCCUGAAGGCAGAUCAUUGCACUGAUGCAGGUGGCCAACAACCAUCUGGCCAUGGACUUGGGACUCUGGUUCCUGGAGCACUAGCAGAUCUACCUGAUGGGCCCUGCUCUGCUGCACAGGGCCAUGCCUGGGUUUGGUGGGCAGGUUGUGGGCUUCCCCAGCCUACAUAUCACACGCAGAGGUUGAACUGCGGCCCUUGAAACUGGCAUCUCUUGGUGCCUUGAUGGAGCAGUGGAGCACACAGUGCCUCAGUGGACAAGGUGGAGCAUGUGAUGCCCUGAUGGACAAGAUGGAGCACAUCCAUUCUCCUUGUUCAGCCAAGCCACGUCAGAUGAGCUCCAGGAGGGCAGUGUGAAGGUGGAGGGUGCCUGCCCAAGUUGGGGGGUAGGAUGUAGUCUCUGUUUCAUCAUAGAUAAAUAAGACUAUUCCCCAUUGGCCAAAUAUCUGAGCAGUCUUUGACAGUCUUCGGCAUACUCAUCCUCACAACCACCUUCUGAGGAAGGGAAGCGUGUCCCAACUCUUCAGGUAGGAAGCUGAGGCAAGGUAAGCCCAGUGAAGUUGCAGCCUUUCCUUGAUCACAUAUCCCUGGCAGAGAGCAGGAUCGUCAAGAAGACCAGGGCACAAGAAGGGCUGGAAUCGGGCCACCAUAGGUCCUUCCUAAUCAACCCUAACUCCACUUUUCUUGCUUUAAUUUUCACAUUAUGCUCUUUACUAAAGAACAGCAAAAAUAGGAAAGGUGAAUAUAUAUUUAAUUUGCAGCCCUGCUUCAUGCCAUGCUCACAAGCUAAAUACCCCAGGAGUGAAUUUCUGGACUACUGCCUGUUUAUAUUUGCCCCUAACUUAUUUUUUUUUCCUUGUUGUUGUUGGAUUCAAAAUAAUCUCAUGGUUUUUUUGUGAAGAAUCUGUGAACUGCUUGUGAAAACUUAUCUCAGAGCAUGUGGCUUGAACUUAACUAACAUUUUUCAAACAACUCAACAGAAAGAUAAACUUGGGGGGGUAACUGUUGCAUGUCUUCAAAACCCUGGCUGAACCUUUGGGUAAUGCGAGAGAAAAACUGAUGGACCGCAUGCUCAUCGAGAUGCUGUAAACAUUGUCUUCAAAGCAAACAAACUGCUGUCUGCUGAAAAUAGAAGAGGGUGAAGACAAAACUUUGAGAGCAAUGAUAAUUCCUUGAAUUACUGCUUUUUUUUCCUAGCUAUUUUCCAGCAGUUGUGGAGCUGGAAACAAAGAGGUGUUUAUUUGUAAAGGAAAGGAAACAAAUAGGGAAGGAGAAAUUAUAAGGCUGAGAAUCAGAAUUGUGAUUUGAACUAAAGGAUGUGACUUUGGAGCACAUUUAGUUACGCGGAGCAAUUUUUAUAUGGGCAGUUUUAAUGAGUCCAACCAUUUUUCCAAAGUUUGUCUUUCCAAUUUCAGAUACUAAUAAAGCCAGUUUUCCCAAUUUUUCUCCUUUUUCUCAGUGUUUAGUCCAUGCACUCAGCUCCCCACUGCAUUCAGGGAUUAGCUCAGGGCCAGGAAGGCUUGUUCAAUCCGAGGCGAUGGAGUGGAAGCGGCUAUAGCUUCCAGUGUUGCUGGCACUGGUGAUUUUAUCAGCUGCCUCAUGGUACAGUGUUUUUCAUAACAGUCCAGCUCACUCUGUUGACUGAUUGAGAAUCUCAGUAUUUUUUAUCUGCUUGAAAAACAACCAGAGAACUGUGCUUUCUCUUGUGGUUUUAGCAAAAAGCCUGAAAUGGCAUCUUUGUGUGCAUAACAAAGUUAUAAAGGUGAAAACAAAGAAAAACACUUAUUUUUGACCUGGUUUCAGGGGUUCUUGCUCAUGGUUUCAAGGUCUGUGGAGUGAGGCGUGCUGAGCUCCUACACUUUGCCAUUGCCAGGUAGAGCCAUUGACCCUCACUGCACAUCCUGAGUCUGAACCAAGAGGGGCGAGCAUCUUCCUUCACCCUCUUAUGACAUGCACAACAAUGUUUUGGGUCUCUCAUGAAAGUUGCUUGUGCUUACAAGCUCAUAGUUGUAAUAUGAAGUUCAUGGAGAGCAGAGCAGGGUUGGAAUUGUUGCACUGCAGACACCAUAGUUUCGCUACAACCCAUUGCACUUGCACCACUAUAUAAUCAGGCUAGAAGGAGAUGUAUUAAUUACAGUGUAUUGGAAGUAAUGCAUUCCCAUCUGGUAAUUUUGUGGUUGUUGGCAGAGCAUCCCCACAGGGACAGAGAGGUUCGGUGGUGGGUGGCUGCCUCUCGGGCAGAGCCCUUCCCUUCCAAACAGCCACUCCCAGAGCUGUGCUGCUUGAAUGUUGUCAUCUGAUGGUUGCAUUUAGUUGCCGUGUAUGUGAGAUGAGUGCAUUUUAUCAUUGCCUGCCAUGGGAUAAAAAAAGCAAUGUAACCUAAAUAAAACUUAUUCUAAAAGACGGUAAUCUAAAUUAUCUACAUUCUGUCCCGCUUGCUGGCUCUCAGCAGCAGAUACACUGGUGAUACCCUUCACCCCAUGUUUUGUCACUGUUUAUCUUAAUUUUUUGUUUUGAUAUCUUUCCUCCCCUCUUUCUGAUUUUCUGUCCUUUCCUCCUGGAAGUGGCAAAAGCCAAGCUGGACAAAGAGAUGGAAGAAAGGUCAUAAGGGAGGAGGUCACGCA